AUGUCAUCUAAAGACGUACCAAAAGAUGUACGAGUAUAUAGAACACAUGAAUAUUGGGAGGAGCGUUACCAAAAAGAGUCUGAUACUACAUAUGAUUGGUUAAAAACAUACAAGGAUCUACAGCCUUACUUCAGUAAAGUCAUUCCCGACAAGAAUAUGUCGAUUCUGAUGUUGGGAUGUGGAAACAGUACACUUGGCGAUGACAUGUACGACGACGGCUAUCAUCACAUAACAAAUGUAGAUUACUCUUCCAAUGUAAUUAAAUCAAUGUCUGAGAAAUCAAAAGAUAAAGUUAAUAUGAAAUGGUUAGAAAUGGAUAUUAGAGAUAUGAAAGCAUUUGAAAAUGAAUCGUUCGAUGUAGUUUUGGAUAAGGCCACUAUGGAUACGUUUUUUAGUGGUGCAGAUGUGUGGAGUCCAGCAGAGAAUGUUUUGUCGGACGUAAAGCAAGAAGUAGAUGAAGUAGUUCGUAUAUUGAAGGUCGGUGGUGUCUUUAUCUAUAUUUCAUUUGGCCAGCCUCAUUUCCGUCGUCAAUAUAUAACACGUGAGAACUGGGAUGAAAUCAAAGUUACUACAAUCGGUGAAUUCUUUGGUUAUUUCAUUUACGAAAUGAAGAAAAUCAAAUAA